AUGUCAAGCAUCGAGCGUCACGAUCCCGAAGCCCAUGAUCCCGAGAAACACCCCGAGCAGUCGGCCAUCCGUGAAGGCCGGAAUAUCGCACUUGGCAAGGUCGAAGCUUUCAACAAGGUUCUGAACCAGUCUGGCCAACCAGGGAAGGUCCUGCGCGGCAUCAUCGUCGUCUCCAUCGGCCUGACCAUGUUCACCUAUGCCCUGGGCCAAGGCAUCACCCCACAAUUCGAUGUCAUGGCGACCUCCGUCGUUCGGCCAACACGCGCAAAUUGGAGUAGUCAAUACGGCGAGUCAGAUCAUCAACGCAGUAUCCAAGCCAUUUAUCGGCAAGAUUGCGGAUAUCAUAUCUCGGCCGACAGCAUAUUUGGUGGUUCUGUUGGCGUAUGA